AUGGCGCCUCUCACCUACUCCAAGACCUCCAAGGUCCCCAACCGUCCCUUCGAGGCUGCCCGUCUUGACUCUGAGCUGAAGCUCGUUGGCGAGUACGGUCUCCGCAACAAGCGUGAGGUCUGGCGUGUCCAGCUUACCCUCUCCAAGAUUCGUCGUGCUGCCCGUCAGCUUUUGACCCUCGACGAGAAGGACCCCAAGCGUCUCUUUGAAGGCAAUGCCCUCAUUCGCCGUCUCGUGCGCGUCGGUGUCCUCGACGAGUCCCGCAUGAAGCUCGAUUACGUCCUGGCCCUGAAGGUCGAGGAUUUCCUUGAGCGCCGCCUCCAGACUUGCGUCUACAAGCUCGGUCUCGCCAAGUCCAUCCACCACGCCCGUGUCCUCAUCCGCCAGAGACACAUCCGCGUCGGCAAGCAGAUCGUCAACGUCCCCUCCUUCAUCGUCCGUCUCGACUCUCAGAAGCACAUCGACUUCGCCCUCACUUCGCCCUUCGGUGGUGGCCGCCCCGGCCGUGUCCGCAGAAAGAAGGCUGCUGCCGCCGAGUCCAAGGGUGACGGUGGUGACGACGAGGAGGAUGACGAGUAA